GAUUCUCGACGUGCGUGGCACGUCAUUCCAGCGCAAGAGGUUAGAAUAGUGCUCGGGAACAUCGAGUGGUGCUCAUCGCUCCGCAACGUGUUUCCACAGUCCCACGUUGGAUACGAUCUACAUUACGACGUUCCAGGAAACAUAUCCGUCAUGUACAAUUACGAAUAUAUGACUGACCUUAUAACAGAACGUGCCCAGGACAUUAUUUCGAAUCACGAUCGCAGUAAACCUCUUUAUCUCCAAUUGUCCCAUCUUGCUGCUCAUGCUAGCGAUGCUAAAGCGGUGAUGGAGGUUCGUGACGAGAAAGAAACAAACGCCACGUUAGGCUACAUCGACGAUUUCAAUCGGAGAAAAUUUGCAGGUGUGGUUACUGCCAUGGACGAAUCAGUUGGCAAGGUGGUCCAAGCGUUGAAGGAAGCGGACAUGCUGAAAAAUUCGAUUAUUGUUUUCAUGUCUGAUAACGGUGCACCGACUGUGGGAUUGCUGGAGAAUUAUGGAUCAAACUAUCCUUUGCGUGGGUUGAAAUUCACACUGUUCGAGGGUGGAAUUCGCGGAACAGCGUGCAUUUAUUCGCCAUUAAUAAAAAAUCCCUCUAGGAUUUCUAACGAAUUGAUUCACAUAACUGACUGGCUACCAACGUUUUACUCAGCUGCCGGCGGUAAUUUGGAGGAUCUAGGGGAAAAUCUUGAUGGUGUUGAUCAAUGGGCCACUAUCAUCUCUGGAAAAGAAACCACGCGUAAAAACUUAUUGUUGAAUAUCGAUGAGCUUCUCUCUGGGGCUUUAAUGGGAAAGUACAAAUUAAUUAAUGGAGCAAAGCUUGAGGAUGGUGAUUAUUAUGGUGACAGCGGUACGAAUAAAUUGUAUCCUGAGUACAAUGUAACAAAUGUUUUGCGGUCAUUCGCGGGUUCUGCGAUUUCCAAUAUUUCACAAGUAACAUUAAACACUAAUUAUGUAAUUGAACUUCGAGAAGCGGCAACAGUUGUUUGUCAAAAUUUUUCACGUUAUCCUACAUGCUUAGAAAAAUGUUUAUUUGAUAUUUAUAAUGACCCUUGCGAAACUACGGACGUGUCCCUCCAAUAUCCAAAUAUUGUGAAAGAAUUAAACAAACUUAUUGAUGAAUACCACAAAGUUACAAUGCAUCCAGUGGGCGGUACAGUGGAUCCACUUUCUUAUCCUGAGCACUUCAAUGGAAUAUGGAUGCCCUGGGUAAAAUUAUCCAAGAAUAAAAUUCAAUUUCGAUAAAAGGUCGAUAAAAUAUUUCUGGAAUGGAAUAUAACAAUAAUUAUAUCAUUCUCUCUGCAUUAAAUGAUCGACUGUAAUAUUUAUCUUCUUCUUUAAUUAUUUUCAAUGAUGGACGUGACUUUAUAUUACGAGAAAAGAUUAUAGUUAAUUGUUUAUUUAUCUACUUUGGUUAAUCUUCAAUGGUUAUUAAUUUUUUACAAUGGGUAUUAAUUAUUUUUUAAAUUAAUUAUAGAUUUCUGUGAUCGACUUCGAUCUAUAUAAUCUUAUCUCGUAAUACAAAGUCUAUUAGAUUUCUAAAGAUAUCCAAGCUAAUAGACCUUGUAUUAUGAGAUAAGAUUAUAAUCAAAGUCAGUCACAGAAAUCGUAAACUAAUAAUGAACAAUAAUAAACUAAAAAAAUUGAUUAAGAGCUAAAAUAUUGAAACUCGACUUUCUUAAUUAAAGCAAAUUUGUAACAUUCUUUGUUUCUUCUUCUUACUUUUCAAAUGCUCUGCUAAAUAAUCUGAAACAAGGAAUAUGAUAUAAUUUCACAUUAGAACAAAAUGUACGUUUGUUUUAUUAACGAGCUAAAGCAUGAAUUUUCCAUUAAAAAUAUUAAAAUAAAAGAGACAAGAAAACUUUAUAA